AUGUUCACUUAUUAUCGAAUCGUCAUUCUGAUCGUCUCAUUUUUUGCUUUGAGUGCCCUCUCAUCCAACUAUCUCAUCAUAAAUCUCACUUUCAUUUGUAUGCAAGAUGAUCUCAAAGAUGGAAUGACGAGUGCAAAUCAAACUCUCGUCAGCCGUUAUGCAUAUUCUCCAUCCGAGAAAAGUCUUAUCAUCUGGGCAGUGGCCAUCGGAACAGUUAUCGGCACUUUCCCUUUCAAUUUCGCUUUUAUCCGAUGGGGAGCCAAAAUCCCAUUCCUUAUUGGUGGAGUCCUUUCGAUAAUCUCCACCGGUUUAACUCCUUUGGCCGCUUCACUGUCGCUGCCGUUCUUAUUAGUACUUCGAUUGAUACAGGGAAUCGCCUAUUCAGCUGAUUUCUCAGCAAUCGGCGUCAUCACAUUGAGAUGGGCUCCCCUCGAUGAGAUGAGCAUCUUUAUCGCUGUGAUGACCUCCUUCAUUAGCUUCUCCACAUUUAUCACAAAUUCCGCAUCAGCAUGGUUCUGUACGUCGUCGCUUGGUUGGAGAUGGGCUUUCUACUCACAUACCAUUGCUACCGUAGUUAUCUUCAGUCUCUGGAUGUUGAUCUACAAAGAUGACCCAACAAAGCACAAAAGAGUGACAAGGGACGAGUUGAAGAAGUUGCAAAAAGACAAAACAAAAGCCGAGCUGGAGAUCGAUUAUUUUGUGCCGUACACGGCAAUCCUGAAAAACGUGAGCGUGUGGGUGCUUUGGUUAAACGGUUUGGCGUUGAUCUCGUCGUUGACCUUUUUGAUUAUUUACAUGCCAAUGUAUCUACAUGAUGUCCUCAAGUUCGAUGUUUCCACAACGGGAAUGCUUGCCGCCAUCGGCCCUCUCAUACACACGCUCACCAAAUAUGUUUCCGGGUUUUUCAGUGACAAAGUCAAAAUCAUCAGUGAAAACAAAAAGCUUCAAAUUUGCAAUGUGCUGGCAACUGGCGUGCCCGGAAUUCUAUUCGUUUUGAUCGGCCUAGCUAGGCAUCAGUGGAAUGGAAAUUUCGCGAUUGCUCUAAUAUUUGGAGUCUUUUUCACGAUGGCCGCCAACUGUGGUGGCUAUUGGAAAGCUACGACGUUGAUCUCAAGACAAUACGCGCAUUUUGUGCUCUCUGUGAUCCAAUUCAUGAAAUCGGUGGCUCUUUUCACAGCGCCCAUCAAAUGGUAUCUCUUCAUCCGGAAUGAAAGAGGUAAAUUGAUU